AUGGCGGGCACGCUGCCCGAGCCGGCCGGGAGCCCGCUCUGUUCUGCGGGGCCGGACUCGCACUCUGCCGCCUGUUUUCCUCCCUCGGCGAUGCCGGAGCAGACGUCACUGGCUCCAAAACGUGUUCAUCUGCUGGCGCUGCCCGCCCGGAGCCCCCCCCGUCCGCCCCCGCGCUCCCGCUUGGGAGCUGACCUUGGGUCAGGUGUGACCCACAGCACUGUGGUCCCUGGGCGCUUCGGCAGCCCGAAAGGCAGCCAGGCUGUAGCGGAGGCCAAAAUCACCUCCGCUUUGAAGCAGAGGAUGGCUUCUGAGACGGGGCAGCCCCAGCUCCUGUGUCGGCUCCCAGCCCUGCAGCUGGUCAGGGUGUUUGAGUCCUCCCUGGAGCUCCUGUGCCCGAAACACAGACUGACAAGAACUCAAAGUGCCUUUUCCCCGGUUGUGUUCAGCCCCCUCUUCACAGGUGAAACAGUGUCACUAGUGGACGUGGACAUCUCUCAGCGAGGACUGACCUCCCCUCACCCUCCGACUCCACCACCUCCACCACGAAGAAGCCUCAGCCUUCUAGAUGAUAUCAGUGGGACGCUGCCUACAUCUGUCCUAGUGGGUCCAAUGGGCUGCUCCCUGCAGUCUUUCCCUCUGCCUCCGCCUCCUCCACCCCAUGCCCCAGACGCCUUCCCACGGAUUGUCCCGCUGAGGCCGAUGGAGGCGAUGCCCGGCCAGCCUGCCCCGCACCUGCAGUGUCCGCUCUACCGCCCGGACUCCAGCAGCUUCGCAGCCAGCUUGCGAGAGCUGGAGAAGUGUGGGUGGUACUGGGGACCGAUGAACUGGGAGGACGCAGAGAUGAAGCUGAAGGGGAAGCCGGAUGGGUCCUUUCUGGUGCGAGACAGUUCUGACCCCCGUUACAUCCUGAGCCUCAGCUUUCGGUCUCAGGGCAUCACCCAUCACACCAGGAUGGAGCACUACAGAGGGACCUUCAGCCUGUGGUGCCAUCCCAAGUUUGAAGACCGCUGCCAGUCUGUGGUGGAGUUCAUAAAGAGAGCAAUCAUGCACUCCAAAAACGGGAAGUUUCUCUACUUCCUCCGAUCCAGGGUUCCAGGUCUCCCUCCAACGCCUGUCCAGCUCCUGUAUCCAGUCUCCAGGUUCAGCAAUGUCAAAUCCCUUCAGCACCUUUGCCGCUUUCGGAUCAGGCAGUUGGUCCGAAUAGACCACAUCCCCGAGCUCCCGCUGCCCAAGCCCCUGAUCUCCUACAUCCGCAAGUUCUACUACUACGACCCACAGGAGGAGGUGUAUCUGUCGCUGAAGGAAGCUCAGCUCAUCUCCAAACAGAAGCAGGAGACCGAGUCCUCCACGUAGCGAGGCUGCCUCGCCCGUCUUGUUGCUGUCACUGAUGGAAUUUGA